AUGAGUGGGCCAAACAACGCAAUUGAGAUAAUUCCAAAUAAGUUAUACUGAAUCAGCGAUCGAGCCCCGCCCAGAAAUCAACCCAACUCAUACUAUUUUUGUAUCGACAAUGAAUUGGUUUACCAGCCAUUUUACCUCGACUUUGGCCCUUUAAACAUUGGAAUGACUUACAAAUUUUGCACAGAGCUCGAAAGGCUUACGAGAAAUCCCUCAUAUAGUGCCUACAAAAUAUAUCAUUUUACGUCACUUCUCCCAAAUAAGCGAGCAAAUGCAGCAUAUCUAAUGGGCGCUUUUCAAAUUCUAGUUUUAAAUAAAACAGCAGAUGAAGCGUGGCAGCCAUUUGCGUCUCUCCCUCCUUUUGAAGGUUUUAGGGAUGCUGGUGGCACAAAUUGUCCUUAUAGAUGUAGCAUUUUGAAUUGUUUGCGAGGCUUAGAAAAAGCCAUAAAGCUAGGGUGGUUUGAUAUGGCAACUUUUAAUGUAAAGGACUACGAGUUCUAUGAAAAGGUAUGCUCGUCUCUAAAAGUUAAAAUUUUUCUAUAGCCAAAAUUCUAUUUUUGUAAGAAAUUUAAAUUGUUCGUCUGAGACUCUAAUUGAUAUAAAGGUAUAGAAAAUGGGGACUGGAAUUGGAUCAUUCCAGGUAAGAUGCUUGCGUUUGCAUGUCCAAGUCCUACACAAAUAGACCAGCAAGGAUUCAGAGUAUGGACUCCUGAAGAUUAUGUCCCUUUAUUUAAACAAAUUGGCAUAACGGCAGUUGUAAGAUUGAACAAUAAAACCUAUGAGGCAGAGAGGUUCACAAGGAAUGGAAUUAGGCACUAUGAUUUGUAUUUCCUUGAUGGGUCGGUUCCCUCUAAUGAAAUUUUGACUGAAUUUUUGAGGAUUGCUGAAAGAGAGCCUGGCGGGCUAGCUGUGCAUUGCAAAGCUGGACUAGGAAGAACUGGAACUUUAAUAGGAAUUUAUGCAAUGAAACAUUUUAGGUUCAGGGCUGAAGAUUUUAUUGGGUAUAUAAGACUUUGCAGGCCUGGAAGUGUGCUGGGCCCUCAGCAGCAAUUUUUGUGUGACAUGCAGGAUAGAGUAUUUUCUUGGGGUGACGAGCUCAGGAAUGAAAACGAAUUAGCAACAGGAAUUUCAGUAAAUUUUAUAUAGAAACUCAACGUAAGGGACAGUAAUAAUGAGGAACAAAAAACGCCUAUGUCGCCUGAAGAUAAAUUUAUUAUGAUGCAUGGAGACAAAGGCCAAGCCGAAAGAUUAGUCAACGCUAAAAAAUCCAAUCAAAACUCUCCAGUGACAAGUCCUUUUGUUCCAAAAGAAAAAGUUUCUGCACAAAAUAGAGCAAAUUCUACUAGUCCAGACACUAAAAAGGUGAAAGCAGGGUUAAGUAUAUUUGAUAAAAGUCCAGUCCGUCAUACUACUCCAAACUCAACACGCAUCAGUAAUGUGAAAAAGCCUGGGUUCUUGAGAUAG